AUGUCGAAGUAUGACGAGAAACAGGCCGAAUUGGCCCACUCAAACAGCGACGUCGAGAGUGACAGCCCACCCACCACCGACGUUGCUCCUCCUACCCGCUAUCCGGUCAAAUGGUACCGUUCGACCUACUACAAUGCUAUUAUCUUGGGUCUAUGCAACUUCUGUGCUCCGGGCAUCUGGGGAGCAAUGAAUAGCCUUGGUGGCGGAGGGGAAGAAUCGCCAUGGCUGGUCGAUGCCGCCAAUGCCUUAACCUUCUGUCUGAUGGUGUUGACUUGUGCUUUCUCUGGCGUUUUUGUGAAGUAUCUAGGCAUUCGUUGGACUUUGAUCCUCGGCGCAGCUGGCUACUGUCCAUUCGCCGCAGGUCUCUACUGCAACAACAGAUUUGGAACGCAUUGGUUUGUCCUCUUCGGAGCCGCUCUGUGCGGCCUCGGGGCUGGCAUCUUCUGGAUGGCCGAAGCGGCAAUCGCCCUGUCAUACCCCGAACCAAAGAACCAAGGGCGGUUCCUUGGACUCUGGCUCAUGUUCCGUGUCGGCGGCCAGGUUCUCGGAGGGGCGGUCAAUCUCGGGCUCAACGUCCGCCGCAACGAGGCUGGCAAGGUUUCAUACGGCGUGUAUGAAGUCUUCAUCGCACUGCAAGCUGCUGCGCCGUUCAUUGGCCUGCUCCUGACUGCUCCGGCGAAAGUGCAACGGACGGAUGGCAUCGCGGUCUCUUGUUCCAUUCCGAAGGAGCAAAGCAUCCUUGCUGAGUUGAAGGCUACGGGCCUCCUCUUCAUCACCAAACGCUACCUUUUGAUCAUCCCGCUCAUCGCCCAAUCCGUCUUUGCAGAGGCCGUCUUCUUCACCUUCGAGGGGUUAUGGUUCACUGUUCGCGCGAGGGCGCUCGCGUCCUUCAUCUCCGGCAUCGCCGCCAUGAUCGGGGGCAAUGUUCUCGGCGCGUUCAUCGACCGUCAAAAGUGGUCCGAAAGAGCUCGUGGGCGAUGGUCUUUCCUCAUCUUAGUGACACUGCAGGGCGCGUGGUGGAUCUGGGGAACGAUCAUCGUCACUCAAUUCCGCGCCACUCAGCCUCCGCCCGUUUUCGACUGGACAUCACCUGGUUUCGGAAAGGGAUUCGCCUGGUUCUUCUUCAUGGUCAUGUCCUUUCAAAUGAACUACCUGUAUCUAUACUUCAUCAUCGGACACCUGGCUAGAAAUGACGCCGAGAUCGUCCGUUUCGCCGGUCUCCUGCGAGGGACCGAGUCGGCGUCUCAAGCAGUAUCGUAUGGACUCUCGUCGAUCAAGAUCAUGGGUGAAGUCGGGGUGGUCUACCUCAACUUCGGCAUGUGGGCCAUCUCUCUCGUUCCCGCAUGGCUUGUCGUCCGUGAAAUCGGAACGAAAUACAGCAAGGCCAAGCGGGAGAAGUCCAGCGCGGCGAAGAUUGAAGGCGUCUCAUACAAUGAGAAUUUGAAGGAGGACGACAUUUGA